CGCCGCGCCGCGCCACUGUGGAGCUUCCUGCGGCUGCGGGCGCUCGAGCAAGUUCGGCGGGAGCCGGGGCGGCCACGCGGGCGGCGACUCCUCGAGUGGCUCAGGGCGGCCAGUCGGCGCUGGAGCAAGUCCAUCCAUGCUGCUGCUGCUGCUGCUACUGCUGCUGCAUUCCUUCCCUGAUAUUAGGACCCACCGUUGGGCUUCCAGUGUGGACUGAAGACUGGUGGCUCUCCAGGAAUCCUCUGGGUUAGCAUUUGCUAACUGAUUAGCAACUGUCCAAGGGGGAGCAGGCUACAUCUCAAGCUGGCAGCAGAAUGUGGCAAUGUGAUGAAGAGGUGGGACUCCUGGACGCUUACUAAGGCCAGAGUCAUUAUCUGCACUAUUUGCCUGGCUCGAAGAUGUGUUGUUUUCCUAGUGGUCAAAGAUACCAAGUUGUGCUAGCACAACCAUAUAAAUAAUUACCUGAAGUCUCAAUGUAACAUGACCGUUAACAGUGAUGACACAUAAAUGCAGAUGCUUGGGAAUCAUGUACUAGGUGAAACACUUCAAAAGAGAAGAAUUAAGAGGUUAUAGUAUUCGUCAUGGCCGAAGCUGGGGGCCUGGAACCUGAUGCCUGAGCUCUGCUCUAGAUCACAGCUCCGUCUCCUUGGAACAUCAGGAAAAGAGAAUAUCCACAAUGGUAGAUCUGUGGUUGAUCAGGUUUCCCAAUGAGUGGAUCAUGAUGACCGUAUGGUAGGGACUUGCCAUAGUAUGGCUGCUUCCCGAUCUACUCGUGUUACAAGAUCAACAGUGGGGUUAAACGGCUUGGAUGAAUCUUUUUGUGGUAGAACUUUAAGGAAUCGUAGCAUUGCUCACCCAGAAGAAAUCUCUUCUCAUUCCCAAGUACGAUCAAGAUCACCAAAGAAGAGACCAGAGCCCGGGCAAAUCCAGAAAGGAAAUACGAAUGGAAGAGCUUCUGAUUUAAAACAGCAGAGUGCUCGAGAAUCAUGGGUAAGCCCUAGGAAGAGAAGACUUUCUUCUUCAGAAAAGGAUAACAUAGAAAGGCAGUCCAUAGAAAAUUGUGAGAGAAGGCAAACAGAACCUGUGUCACCAAUUUUAAAAAGGAUUAAACGUUGUCUUAGAUCUGAAGCAGCAAACAGUUCAGAAGAAGAUUCUCCUAUAAAGUCAGACAAGGAGUCAGUAGGACAGAGGACAGUAGUGGACAAUGAUGCAGAGUGUGAAGGGACUAAACGAGCUUGUCGAUGUCUUCUACUGGAUGGUUGUGAGAAAAGGGAAAUUAAAAAGGUGAAUGUCAGUGAGGAAGGGCCGCUUAACUCUGCAGUAGUUGAAGAAAUCACAGGCUAUUUGGCUAUCAAUGGUGUUGAUGACAGUGAUUCAGCUGUUAUAAACUGUGAUGACUGUCAGCCUGACUGGAACAGUAGACAAGAUAGCACUGAUUCCUGUGUGCUGCGGGAGAAAUCAUUAGCUGGAGAUGGGCAUUUGGAAACCCAGACUUCAGUGGUCCUUGAUAGUAGGAAGGGGGACAGUUAUGUAGAGCGUGGCGUGCCCUGCACACAGUCAGACGUGCAGGUCAAGUUGGAGGACCACAAAAUAGUGACUGCCCGCCUGCCGGUGGAACAUCUUAAUCAGCUGACUGCUGGGCCAGCUUCAGGCCCUAUUGCUGAAAUCCAGUCCUCUGUAAGAGAUUCUGAGGAGGAAGUAGAUGUGGUGGGAGAUAGCAGUGCCUCCAAAGAGCAGUGUAAUGAAAACACUGGUAAAGCCCUGGACACAGAGCCUGAAAGAAUGCCAGUCUCCGGAGCACCAGAACCACCAUCUGCCCUAGACUGUGCUGCAGCUGAGAUGAUGUCUCUAUCAGAACCUCAAGAACAUCGCUAUACGCUGAGGACUUCACCGCGAAGGGCGGCCCCUACCAGAGGCAGCCCCACUAAGCACAGCUCUCCUUGCAGAGAAAACGGACAAUUUGAGGAGAACAAUCUUAGUCCCAAUGAAACAAAUACAACUGUUAGUGAUAAUGUAAGUGAGUCUCUCACAAAUCCUGUUGAAAUUUCUCAAAAUGAAAAAGUUGUAUGUUGUGACCCCCAAAACUAUGGAAGCGGAGGACUAAGUAAGCCACACCCAGAGGCAAGAAUGAAUAUUGGACAUUUGCCAUCUGCCAAAGAGAGUGCCAGUCAGCACACUGCAGAAGAGGAGGAGGAUGACCCUGAUGUGUAUUACUUUGAAUCAGAUCAUGUGGCACUGAAACACAACAAAGAUUAUCAGAGACUGCUACAGACCAUUGCCGUACUUGAGGCUCAGCGUUCUCAAGCAGUCCAAGAUCUGGAAAGUUUAGGAAAACACCAGAGAGAAGCACUAAAAAAUCCUAUUGGAUUUGUGGAAAAGCUCCAAAAGAAGGCUGAUAUAGGCCUUCCUUACCCACAGAGAGUUGUUCAGUUGCCCGAGAUUAUGUGGGACCAGUAUACCAGUAGCCUUGGAAACUUUGAAAGAGAAUUUAAAAAUCGCAAAAGACAUACUAGGAGAGUUAAAUUAGUUUUUGAUAAAGUAGGUUUACCUGCUAGACCAAAAAGUCCCUUAGACGCUAAGAAGGAUGGAGAGUCUCUUUCAUACUCCAUGUUGCCUUUGAGUGAUGGUCCAGAAGGCUCUCAUAGCCGUCCACAGAUGAUAAGAGGUCGCCUGUGUGAUGACACCAAACCUGAAACAUUUAACCAGCUGUGGACUGUUGAAGAACAGAAAAAACUUGAACAGCUACUCCUGAAAUACCCUCCUGAAGAAGUAGAAUCUCGACGUUGGCAGAAGAUUGCAGAUGAACUGGGCAACCGGACGGCCAAACAGGUUGCCAGUCGCGUGCAGAAGUAUUUCAUAAAGCUGACAAAAGCUGGCAUUCCAGUUCCAGGCAGAACACCAAACUUAUAUAUAUACUCCAAAAAGUCUUCAACAAGCAGACGACAGCACCCCCUUAAUAAGCAUCUCUUUAAACCUUCCACUUUCAUGACUUCACAUGAACCACCAGUGUAUAUGGAUGAAGAUGACGACCGGUCCUGUUUUCAUGGCCACAUGAACACUGCUGUUGAAGAGGCUUCAGAUGAAGAAAGUAUUCCUAUCAUGUAUAGGAAUUUACCUGAAUAUAAAGAACUAUUACAGUUUAAAAAGUUAAAAAAGCAGAAACUUCAACAGAUGCAAGCAGAAAGUGGAUUUGUGCAACAUGUGGGCUUUAAGUGUGAUAACUGUGGCACAGAACCUAUCCAGGGUGUCCGAUGGCACUGCCAAGAUUGUCCUCCAGAAAUGUCUUUGGAUUUCUGUGACUCUUGUUCAGACUGCCCACAUGAAACAGAUAUUCACAAGGAAGAUCACCAAUUAGAACCUAUUUACAGGUCAGAGACAUUCUUAGACAGAGACUACUGUGUGUCCCAGGGCACCAGUUAUAAUUACCUUGACCCAAACUACUUUCCGGCCAACAGAUGACAUGGAAGAGAGCGUCAGCACUAAUCCUCUCCAGCACAUAGCAAUGGCAUCAUUGUGGAUGAUGUGCAGUUUGGACACUCACAGUAUGAGAGCUCCCCAUGUUCUCGUCCAGUUCAGCUGCACUGUGUGGCUCUAGAUCGCUGGUCAGCAGCUGGGUAUCCUCGGUGAGCAGAGGGCUUCCCUGGUAGAAGUUUCGCCACCACCUGACGGCCUUGGAGGUGGUGAUCUUAAAUGGGUGUGAUGGAAAUGGGAGCGCACGUUAACGUGAGAGUAAAUUCCAAAGGUUUCCAAGAACUUGGUCAUAAAUACAAUAAUGAGAAGACAAAGUAUUUAUAUUAAAACAGUUUAGUAGCUUUCAGUUUGUGAAAAUAGUUUUCAGCGCAGAAACUGACUUCUUAAGACAGUUUUAACCGAUGGUGGUGUUUGCUUCUAGGACAUACACUCUAUAGAGCUCGCUGUCCCCGUGGUCACCGAUGGCCCUUAGUAAACUGGAGCUGCUUAACCGUAUUGCUAUCUAACUUUUAACCACGAUGACCUGUCCUUCCCAACAGUGAAGCACUACAGGAGGCAGUGUGGCAUUGCUUCCUCCACCAGCUCAUGGUGUGUGAAUGUUAUACAUGUCACUCAGAUAUAUUUUUUAAAUGUAAUGUUAUAUAAGAUGAUCAUGUGAUGUAUACAAACUAUGGUGAAAAGUGCCAGUGGUAGUAACUGUGUAACGUCUCUAAUUCACAACAUUAAUCCUUUUAAAAUACACAGCCUUCUGCCUCUGUGUUUGGGGUUGUUAGUACAACUCAUCAAAGAAAACUGCCUAAUAUAAAAAUCAUAUAUAUGGUGAUAAUUGCCCUCUUUUGUAGUCUGCACAAGAUCCCUAAAAGAUUGUAUUUUUAUUACUAUUUAAACAAGUGAUUAAAUUUAGUCUGCACAGUGAGCAGGAGUUCACAAGCAUUCUUUUAUACUGCUGGAUUUUGUUGUCAUCAUUUAAAACAUUUUGUAUGUUUCUUAUCUGUGUAUCCAAUAAGUUCUUGAAUAAUGUUCAUUUGUCAGGAGAACUGUGAGAAAUAAACUAUGUGGAUACUGUUUGUUUAUAUUA